AUGGAUGUCACAAGAGGUAAAGGGGAGCCGGGAUUGCAGAAUCCCGCCGGGCCCACGGACAAACCAAACUUGCAUGCGUUGGAAAGCAUGCUUCCCAAAGCGGUAAAAAGGCGAGUGCACGCCUUGAAAAGGCUCCAGCUUCAGUGCGUCAACAUCGAAUCCAAGUUUUACGAGGAAGUUCACGAACUGGAGAGGAAGUACGCUGCCAUCUGUAGGCCGUUAUACGACAAGAGAAGAGAUAUCGUCACGGCCGCAGUGGAACCCACAGACGCCGAGUGCGAGUGGAACAGCGAUAAAGACGAAGAGGACGAGCUGUCCGACCAGAUCAAGAAAAUAAUAGCAAUCGACACCAAGAUGGAGGAUUCCCCAUCAGUGGAAGACCCGAAAGGCAUCCCGGACUUCUGGCUCACUAUAUUUCGCAACGCGGACAUGCUAACCGACAUGAUCCAAGAACACGACGAGCCCAUCCUCAAGCACCUCAAAGAUAUCCAAGUCAAGUUUUCCGAACCGAACCACCCCAUGAGUUUCACACUAGAGUUCUACUUCGAGCCCAACAGCUUCUUCAGCAACACCGUGCUCACUAAAGUCUACAAGAUGAAGGCGGAACCCGACACUUCGGAGCCAUUCUCCUUCGAAGGGCCGGAGAUCGUCGACUGUGUCGGCUGCACGAUCGAUUGGCACAAGGGCAAAGACGUGACCGUGAAGACCAUUAGGAAGAAGCAGAAGCACAAAGGUCGGGGCACGGUCCGUACCGUCACCAAACAAGUUCCCAACCCUUCCUUUUUCAACUUCUUCAACCCUGUCAAAGCUUCACCAGACGGUGCCGAACUGGACGAAGACUCGGAGCUAACGUUCGACUUCGAGGUCGGUCAUUUCUUCCGCGAGAGAAUCAUCCCGCGAGCUGUUCUGUACUUCACCGGAGAGGCCAUGGAAGACGACGAGAGCUUUGAUGAGGAACUAGAAGAAGGAGACGAGGAGCAAGAUGACGACGACGAUGACGAUGAAGACGACGACGAUGAUGACGACGACGACGAUGGAGACUUUGAUCCGAGGAAAGAAACCCCCGCCCAGCCCGCCGAAUGCAAGCAGCAGUAA